AGUAGCGUUGACGACGGUAAACAAUCUAGAGAUGAGCGCUUCUAAUAAUAAAGUUAAGGUUUAUUUGAGGUUAAAACCAAUUAGAAGUGGAGGAAAGAAAAGUUAUGAAAUUGUGGAUGAUAAGCGGAUACACGUUCAUAGAUGUGGUAACGAUCUUCAAAAGUCAUAUGUUAACAAUCAAAUAAGGGAUUGGGAGUUUACGCUUAAUGGAAUCAAAGAAAAUGUAAGCCAAACAGAGAUUUAUGAUGAUGUUGCUCGUCCUGUUGUAUUGCAGGCCAUGAAAGGCUAUAAUGCUACUAUACUAGCCUAUGGUCAAACUGGAGCUGGGAAGACCUAUACAAUGACCGGAGCAACAGAGAGCUAUAGACAAAGAGGACUGAUACCACGAUCUCUGUCGGAAAUCUUCAAAGCUAUCGAUCAAAGUAUUGAUCAAAACACUACCAUUAGGAUAUCUUAUGUUGAGAUUUACAAUGAAUCCUUUUUCGAUUUGCUGUCAACGGUUUCCGAUGUCUCAGAAUACGAACGUCAAAACCUUCACGUAACUGAAGAAGUGGAUGGAAGCUGCUAUAUUAAAGGAUUAAGUGAUCAUAUUGUUAAUAACGAAGAAGAAGCCUUAAAUUUGCUUUUUGAGGGAGAAACUAAUAGAGCAAUCUCCUCUCAUGUCCUCAACAAAAAUUCGUCAAGAUCCCAUUGCAUAUUUACAAUUUAUCUGCAGACUCAUUCUAGAACGCAAUCCGAUCCUAAAUAUACAGUCUCAAAAAUCAAUUUUGUAGAUCUGGCUGGUUCUGAGAGGCUUAGGAAGACUAAGUCGGAAGGAAGAACUCAAACUGAAGCUGUCUAUAUCAACAAAUCGCUAACUUUCUUGGAGCAGACAGUUCUUUCAUUGGCUGACAAAAAAACUCAUAUUCCGUAUAGACAAUCUAAAUUAACGCACUGUCUAAAAGAUUCUUUGGGAGGCAAUUCGAAUACAGUUAUGAUCGGGAAUGUUUGGUCUGAAGAGGAGCACAUAGAAGAAACAAUUUCAACUAUUAGAUUCGCCACUAGAAUGAUGAAAGUCCACACCGUACCGGUCAGAAGGGAACACGAAGACCCAACGAAAUUGGUUAAACAAAUGAAAACUGAAAUAGAACAUUUGAAAAGGGAAUUGGCUAUGCACGAUACUUUGGUUAACAGGAGUCAUGUGACGUACGAAAAUCUCUCUGAGCAACAAAGAGGAGAAAUAAGGGAGCAAGUUAAAAACUUUUUAUCAGAUCCCCAGUGCGAAAUUGACAUCGUAAAUAUAAGGCAAAUUAAGGGUGUGUUUGAAACGUUUCGAGACAUAUAUGGAAUCAUGUCAUCCGAAAUUGAAAAGAACGUUGAAGAUAAGUUUCGAUCACGCUACACCCUACUUGACAAACAAGACGCCGCUGCUAUCGCUCAAGCUCAGCAGGCUGGCGUACCGAUUGAUGACAACGGGGACUAUCUGGUCGGUGAGACUGAUGGAUCUGGUUACGGCAUACCAGGUGCAAGUGGUAAGCCUGUUCCUUCCAGUGCAGUCAAUGCGAAGAAGAAGGAAUCCAAAAAAAAAGAAAAACGUUCUAGUCCGACUACUAAGGGCCAACAGAGUCCCGAAACAAAGGGUAGAACUACUGAACAAACACCAUCUCCGGAUAAGCAACCGAAAACAUCAUCGAUUGCUCCUCCUCCUGAACAAGAAAAAAAAGAACAGGAGCCUUCCCAAAAUACCCCAGUUGAGAAACCUAGCACCCCUCCUCCCCGAAGCGAAGCUUUUGAAGAAUUUAAAAAGGGAUUGGGUAGUGAAAUCAACAGAAUUCUUAGUGAAAAUAAAGAUAUAUUGGGAGCAAAGAAGAGAGCUUACACAACAUUAGCUCGCCAGAUUAACCUUACAAAAUCAGAAAUUGAUAGCACUAAGUGUAAGUUGAAUGACAUGAGAGAUGAAAGAGAAAGUCUUGGAAAUCAAGUAGAUCAAAAUGGAGCACCUAUUAUAUCAGAAGAAGAGUAUAAUGAGCUAAAUAGACUUAAAGGGCUGAAAAAUUCGUACAAGACUGAUUUUGAAGAACUAAAGAACCUGAAAACUGAAGUAGCUUAUUGCCAGAAACAAGUUGAUUUAUGCAGACAAAAACUUAUCCAGGGUCAGUAGCAAAACGUUGAUAAUUAACUGUAUAAUUAAUGUUCUAUGUUAUCAGAAUUUGAUAAUUGGUAUGCCGAAAGUUUCCUACAACCUCAGGAAGAUGUUAGCAGCGCCAAGGCAGGAUUUGGCGCCAAAGUUGGAAUACAAGCAAAAAAAGACGCUGAGGACGAACAAGAAAAAUUUGAUAGGUUACAGAAAGAAGUGCUCAUGAAUGAUCCUAAUUCUGCGGCCUUUUAUAAUGCCAAAAUGAGAGUAAAUAGAAGGAAAAUCUACACUAGCGCGUCCAGUCAAGUUCAACAGCAAAAACCUGGAACACCUGUCAAGUAUAUAAGAAACAAGCCUCCAAAUUUACUUCAAGUCCAGUAUUGAAUAGAAUAUGUGCUCUCCUUGCGAACUUUUAUGUGUAAUGAUCGAAGAUUAAGCCUGUGAAUACAUAAUAAUCAUUGUGUACUUUCUCGUUAUAAAUAUGUAAAAAAAGCAAUACAACGAAAAAUAGCAUUAUUUAGCAUGAAAUCUU